AUGGCCGAGGGUUCGAAUCGCCCGAAUACUAGCACCGUUUAUGUGGGCGGGUUGGAUACGACGCUCGUCACUGCUGCAACGCUGUCCGAAGCUUUUAUUCCAUUUGGCGAAAUCGUUGACAUAACACUGCCAAAGCCAGAGGCGCCGUCCUCCUCAGAUCUCCAUCGUGGAUUUGGAUAUGUCGAAUUUGAAGAUGCGGCCGAUGCAAAGGAAGCCAUCGCCAACAUGGAUCAGAGCGAACUCUAUGGCCGAGUGAUUAAGGUUGCAUUGGCAAAACCAGACAGGAAAGAUACUGGCGAAGUCGGCCUAGGUAGUAAGACGGCAAUUUGGGAACAGGAAGGAUAUCUCGCAAACUAUACUACAACAGCAACUGAGGAUAAGGCCGCCGUGGAACAGUCCAAGAAUGAAAGGCCAGAAGACCCUAUGGAAGGUCUAGAGGGUCUGGAUGUGGCUGGGCCGAAGCCUGAGUGA